AGAGCUCAGAGGAGAGCAAAGAUACAUUUUUUCAGACCUAAAAUAUCUACGAAUUUCCACAAAGAUGACGUCCAUUUCAAGUAUGGCAAGAUUCAAAAGUCCGACAAGGUCUUCAAAAGGACCCAGUUUUUCCGGUACAGGAACAAUUGGAACGGGACGAUCUUCACUUCGACGGAGUGGAAGCAUGGGAAGUCUGACAAAGCGAUCUUCGGCCAACAUUGCUGCCAAUUUUGGAACUGGUUCCGGAACGAUGAAAUCUACCAAAGGAUCAGACUAUGACAACCUGGAAGCUGAAUAUAUCAAAAAUCUACAGCAGCAGAUCUACUUUCUGGAGCUGGAAGCCAAUUUUCUUCGAGACCAAGCCAAGAAAGCAACUGAACUACAACCAAGGAUGACAGAAGAAGCUAGCAAGAUGUUGCAUAGACUCAAGGAGCUUCAGUCCGAUGUUGACAGUCUACAUCUGGAAGUGAGAAGGAAAGAAUCAAACUUGGACAUGGUCAGUACGGAGAAAGAGAGACUGGAUGGCAAGGUCAGGAUGUUAUCAGACAGUCACCAGCGUGAAAAGAAACUCUUGGUGGAGGAGGUUGUACAGCUGAAGAAACAGAACGAGAUGAUCCAACGAGAGAUACAUGAUAGAGAACAGCAGAUAUCCAUGGCAAGGGGGGAGCUAGAGAAGGGUUCCUCGUCGCUGUCUACCGCAGAACAUCGUAUUCAGAUGCUUGAGUCAGAGGUUCAGCAGAAGUCUGAUACUUUGAGAGCAACCCAGCUUGCAUUGGAAGAAAAGAGGACUGACCUGCUGAAAACCCAAACCCAACUACAGGAAAUGGAGGACAAAUAUUACUCUAGCACAGCAUCCAUACAAGAUCAAGCUGUUGAUGAAUUUAGGGAGGAGAUCAGACAAUUGCAGCGGAAACUGAAAGAGACUGAGAUGAAAGCAGAGCAAGAUCGAUUUCUAAAAAGCAAAAUGUCUGAGGAUGUAAACAAUCUAGUAAAAGAGAAUGCUAUGAUGGGAGCUCAGGUAUUAGAACUACAAAAACAACUGGACAGGGAAAAGACGUUGAGAGAGUCUCGCGACACGCGUCACUCCACGCACAUCACCGAGCUUGUCACCGUCAAGGAUAAAGAGAAACAGCUCAAGUUUGAUCUUGAUCAAGCCAGAGAAGCCCUCAAGCAGGAGAGAGAAAGAGUUGCACAUCUUAUGAAACAGCUGUCGAAGCAGGACGAGAGACACACCCACAACACCCUCACCCAUAACACCACUAAGAGUCGACUUGCCGAGCUUGAGGGCAGACAGGGCGGGGUAGAACAGGAGAACGCCCAGCUCAGGCGGGAUAAGAUGCUGCUUGUUGAUCAUGUCUCUGACCUUCAAAAGCAGCUUGCAGAGAAGGAGCACGAGGUGAUGAGGCUUCACAGUCAUAUCCACACCUUGGAGAUCAGGCUGGACGAGACCUCUAGGCAGUCUGCUGCAGAAAGCACCAUCCAGACUCAGAAAUGGUCAGAGUUUGAGAAGAUGGCUGAAAGCAUGAAGAAGCUCUCCCAGAGCAUGACGGCCAGGUCCAUUACCCCAGAAUAUUCAUGAAACAUGGGUACCUGACAACAUUGGAGUUUUUGGAAAGGGAAAGGGGUGGGAGUAGAAAAUUCUGUAGUCACUGAUGUCGGCUUUGCAUGAAUAUUGUGACCACACACCAAAAGUAGCAGAGAGGCAGUUUUUCUGGUGUGGAAAAUGUCUGAAACAGAUAUCAAUGAAAUAUCCAAAAUACAGUAAUAAAAGAAAGUGAUCUCAAACACAAGGUUUGGUAAGUUUCAAAAGAAGAAUUUAUUCUGUCAAGAUGUGUUACAUAUCCAUGAAAUCUGUACUCACAGAUAUAGUUCUAGAUGAAUUGUGUAUCCAGAUGAUAUAAUGAUUUGAUCAACCUCAAGUAAUAUUGUAAAAACAAAGAAGAAUUUUGUUUGGAAGAUUUCACUUCAUAAAAGUAUCCAUGAGUGGUGCUAUUAAAACAAUAUUUUCUGUGAAUCCAAGAAGGAAAAGAGGUUUUUCAUCAGUGCUUAGAUAACUCACCCAACUUGAGUGAAUGUUGGUGAUUGUCAAUGUAAUUAAUGAUGCUGUUAUUAGUUCAUGCUGUUUUCAUUGUUUAAAUGAUUGUAUUGUGUGGACAGGACAUAUCUACCUGAAGCUUGUGUGCCUUAAUUUUCAAAGUAUUCCCAGAGCUGUUCAGAAAAGGUUGUAAUUACUACGAUUUUCAUUCCUAAUCACGCUAUUACACUUACUACCUUAAUCGUCAUGCUUUUUAGCGCUAUAUUAUGUAUGUACACAUUUAAUACACACUUAUUAAUACAUUGUGCAGUGGCAAACCCAUCCAAACGCUGCAAAAAUGUCUAUUACACACAUGACUGUGUAUCUUAGUUACAUCGCUGCGCAUGUGAUCAUACUUGAUCUUGUGGUGUUUUCAUCUUGGACUUACGGUGUAUCAUGAAUUCAUGCAAAAGAGGAAAUAAUUCCUCUGGGGGAUUUUUUUGACAAGAUGCCUACAGCAUGACUCUGUUCUGGAGCCCGUUACCAAAAGUGCUGGUUUGAAAUGCGACUAAAGAAAUCAAGCGCAAGUCCCUAAUAAGCGCAUUUCAUUGGUUGAAAAAUGAAAAUGAAGUUACGUUUAAUUUUUGGAGUUGGGUUUGAUAGCAACCGGCCCCAGAACAUGGAAGACAACUUAGGAAUAUCAAGUUGAAUGCAUGAACAAGCAUCCAAGGAACCACAUGUAAUUACAAGUGCAUCAAGUUCAUAAGUCUGUUUACUUGUGCCUACAUCAUCGUUUUUUGUACAAUACUAGCCAUCGAAUGGCUCAAAGUUGAUGGUCCACGUACUUGUGAUUUCUAGCUGCAAGAAAGUUCAGAUUUGUUUUUGUUACCUACGAGUAUAUACAUGUAGUAUUAGGGGUUUGCGGUGCAUACAUGCAAAGUUGUUUAGAAUCUGUGUUUGUGCAUUCUGUAAAUGUUUUGCAAAAUGAAAGAAAGUUAGAAUCAAAGUGUGUGAUUAGAAUAGGAUUAGAACUUUAUUGUCAGCAAAACUAAGCCGUAUGUGGCGACUCUUAACAUUAUGCUCGGUCUUUUUAUAAAGGUGUUUGUAAGUUACGGUACCCACAUUUACACACAACUGGUAACCCUUUUUUUCGUUGAAAUCCAAUCUUUGUAUUAAGAAGCAUACACUGUUUUAACAUUAAGAUUAUUUUAAAACUUUCAUUAGGUUUAAAGAAAAUUCAACACCACAGUUUCUUUUUCCAUAGGGCAAAAUUUAGUGUAUCUCGUAUUAGGACAUUAACACCAGGUGGGUUUGUGUUUCAUAAAGCUGUUUGAAAGUUACAAGUGACUUUAUUAAUGACAAGUGACCCUUUCUUGUGCUUCAUGAUAAUCACUAUGUACACCUGUAAUUGACUUUCCACUGAAGAAAUAUGUUCCAGUAGUUCUUAAAGUUGUGCAUAACUUCACAAUCAGCUUUAUGAAAUGCCCACAACAGAUCUCUUGGAAAUAGAAUGUUUCAGAACGAUAUGUGUGUAUUAUUUUUAUUGAAUCUUCUCACUCAUGAAUAGAGAGACAGAGAGAAUAAAAGUUUAUAUGUUGCAGUGUGUUUUGUAGCCUCUUAUCAUAGACAAGUACCUCAUCCAUUUUUCUAAUCUUUUUCAACAAAAUAGUUGAUCAUUCCACUCAUUUUCCAGUUCUAUAGAUAUUGUAUUAGAACAAUGUCACCAUGCUCUGUAAAAAAUUAAUAUCUAUAUUAUGUGUGAUUCUUUUUGCAAUUUCCUUUUAUUUGGGUCAUUUUAAUCCUAUUGCCAUUACAUGUAUAACAAGUAUAUUGAGGCUGUCUCUUUACCUUUUGCAAGUGUGAAAAAUAUGAUUUAAUUUGUUGUGCAUUAUUGGAAGAAAACACCAAACAUGAAUUCCAAUUGUGUUCUUUUAUGGACUCAACCUUUGAUUUUUUUGCAUGUAGAUAACUGAUUUAUUUUGAUGUUACCUGUGAACAAUAAAUUCAUAUAACAGUAAAAUAUAAUUGCUUGGCAACAUUACUAAAUAUUAUCUAUUACAGGUCAUUAUGAAGGAGAGCAUAAAGAAAUACAAGUGCAAAAAGUUAAGGAAUACAAAUCCCAUCUUUAACAUGCCAGUUGCUUCAUUUUGGAUGAUAGAGUGCUGCAUUUGGAGAGAAUGUAACUUGCUUAUGUUACUUUGAGGAUCCAAAUAAAUCAAGUAAUUUUCAUUAAAAUUUGAGAUACAAGGUCAUAAUACUCAACAGUGAUAGUGGAUGUCGUAUUUAGAAAGAAAUUUUACUCCAAAGAUUGUUGAUUUCAAAGACCAUUUACAUUCCUUUAUUCAAUGGAAAUUAAUGUACACACCAAAUCCAUUGGUGCGAGUAUAAUUCAUUCCUGAUUUGUUUAUUUCCCAUGUUUGCAGUGUCACAUAUAUAUUUAUAUUAUUUUCAGUGUGUAAAGCAUUCCAGCUUCUGCUGUAUUCAUUUACUGAAGAAAAGCUAUUAGAUGUUAUUUGAAAUUGUCAAAUGUAUUACAUUGUAAUUUGUAAAUGUAAAUAUAUAUUCUAAACAUAUAUUUCAAAAUAAAAUUUUCCAAUCAG